AUGGCUGCCCAUCAUACUGAACAAACAGUUUCCGCGACUAUCGCACAGACUAUAUCAGAAUCAAUUCACGAUUCAGCAGCCAUGCUAGUCCCAGAUGAACAACAACCUUUGCUGCGCUCGAGAAGCCCAGCUACAACAUGGAAACCGCCAGCGGGCUUCCUCUGGAUACAACUGGCAAUCAUGUCCAACGUCUUUCUUGGUGGAUUUGACGGCACAAUCACCGCUUCGACUUACGCGGUCAUUAGCUCGGAAUUCAAUGCUGCUAACACGGCAUCGUGGUUGACUACCUCGUACCUCAUUACCAGCACCGCGUUUCAGCCGUUGUAUGGACGUUUCUCUGACCUACUGGGGCGUCGGGCUUGUUUCUUUACUGCUACCAUCUCAUUCAUGAUUGGGUGUCUAGGAUGUGCUCUGGCUAGAGAUGUGAUCUUUCUCAACAUCAUGCGCGCCCUUACCGGCAUUGGAGGUGGCGGGUUGAUGACCAUGGCGACAAUCAUCAACUCUGAUCUCAUUCCCUUCCGCCAGCGCGGUAUGUACCAGGUGGUUCAGAAUGUCUCGUACGGGUUCGGUGCCAUCUGCGGCGCUUCAUUCGGCGGGAGUAUCGUCGACACCAUCGGAUGGCGCUGGUGUUUCUUGAUUCAGGUUCCAGUCUCACUGGCUGCUCUCGUCUUGGGAUACUUUGUGCUCAAGUUUCCCGCAAAAGAGGAACAUGCUGCUGGACAAAAGUCCCAGAGUCUUUGGCAACAGAUUGAUCUGCUUGGGUCGCUUCUCCUUGUCCUGGCCCUGUCGAGCCAGCUUGUGGGACUGAGUCUUGGAGGCAAUGAACUACCGUGGAGCAACAUAUGGGUGGUCCUAUCGCUAGUCGCCAGUCUGGUGUUUUUGGUGGCUUUCUUUGCCGUGGAAGCUACAACGACGGCUGCUCCUCUGAUUCCGUUGAAGAUGCUGCAAGGAUUACAUCCAGUCUCCACUCAGAUUGCCAAUGUUUGUGUUGGCAUGGCCGCGUAUGCCUUCCUCUUCACCCUUCCGCUUCUUUUCCAAGUCAUUCUGCUCGACAGCCCUACGAAGGCGGGCGCCCGUCUGGCUAUCCCGUCUCUUGCCACUCCCCUGGGCGGUCUGAUCUCCGGCGUCGUGAUGUCGCGAUGGGGAAAGCUUGCCCACCUCGUACGUGCAGGCGCUGCCCUCAUGUGCAUUGGAAACGUGCUAGUCACGCUUCUACGUUUCCACGACUCAGAAUGGAAGUACUACGCAUAUAUCAUCCCCGCCAACUUGGGACAGGGCAUCGUAUACCCUGGAAUUCUCUUCACAUUCCUUUCCGCAUUCGAUCACUCCGACCAUGCCGUCUCCGCUUCGACCGUAUACCUCAUUCGCUCUCUCGGCACUGUAUGGGGCGUUGCCGUCACCUCGGCCAUUAUCCAGAAUACAUUGAGCUCAGGCCUCGGGGAGGCCUUGAGUGGAAUACCAGACAAAUGGAAAGUGAUUGACGAAAUCCGCCACUCGGUUUCAGCGAUUCACGACCUGCCCCCAGAAGCACAACUCGCUGUCAGAUUAGUAUAUUACCGGGGUAUUAGGCUGUGUUUCGCGGCGUCUGCUUCGUUCGGAGGUGUGGCGACUAUCGCGGCCCUUUUCACUCGUGGGAAGGGACUGGAACGCAAAGGUGGGGACUAG